CGAGACACUUUUCGUGGCUGGGCACAUGGGCGGUCCAUGGAACUCCAAUCAGAAAAUUACGGGACUGAGGCUCGACGGCAGAGGACGGCUUCUGCUAUGCUUUGCUCUGCCCACCGACGGAGCUCGUGUUCCGACACAUCGUCGGCCAGUAACAAUUAGUCACACACACGCGCUCACAAACAAGGCACCGCGACGUGUCCAAAACCUGUUACCACUAUCGACACGUUUUCGGCUCGAACAUGUGCCCGAGCUCCAUCGAGCCCGCGAAUAAACUCGUCCAAAAUCACGCCACAUGGAGCACAAUUACUCCGACCGACGGUUUGUUAUCGAUGGGGUAAAAGAAAGAAUUUGCUUCUAGAGCUCUUCACGAAACUGCUCAUGGCUUCGAGCUGAUCGACAUUCGAGACAGACACGCAAACCGCAUCUUUUCCCACACCUUGGACGGACUUUGCUGCAACGAGGGAGGGAGGGACGGGGCUGGUGCCCGCGAUCGGUGGUGAGCUUGAGGUGAUUCUCGAGCUGGCGUGCUGGCGCUUGACGGAAAUAUGAGUACGAGGAGGAUUCAAGCAUCGUAUCAUCCGUAGAGUGACGGAGCUCAGAGCCUUGGGACGUAGGAAACACAAACCGUCGAGAGCGAGGGGAGCAGAGGGAGGGAGGGAGGGAAGGAAGGAGGAAGGCAGGGAGGCGCAUGAGAUCAGAAGUCAGCCACCAGCUGAGGAAUGCACUGCAGAGCAGAAGGACGCACAAACUGGAGAAUCUCUGAAUUGGUCGACGCAUACGUAGACGACGUCCAUGCAAGGCAGGAGAGGGGUGGGGAGCCAACUGCCUGCGCUGUCGAGUUGAGUUGACCGUCCAGGGGUCUGAGAGUCUAUGUUUGGUGAGGGGAGGAGGGUGUUUAGGCGAGCGGUGGACUGCGAUCGCGAAGGAUAAUCGAGACGAGCCAAGGAUAGUCGGAGAGUAAGUAGGGGCACGGAAAAGACGCUCGUCAAGCAACAGGAGGCCUGCUCUGCAACCGUGUGUCGUCCGCCAGCGUGAUUGGGCCCGAAAAUGAGCUCGUUGUUUCGGACAUGCGGUGGAUUGCCCUCAGAACAGACUGUAGAAGACAUUCUGGAUCAAGGGGGAUUGAGCUCUCACAGCUUUGCCGACUCAUUCGGUGACGGCUUUAUGGUCGCUGAUGUAGCAUCGAUGACUCCCAAAUUCGGCUGGUGGAAUGUAGUCGAUGGGGUCAUGCUCCAGCGCUUCUCGAGUAACAAACCCCAAGAUGUCUCGCAGCGGUGGUUGAGACUGGAAAAAAAAGCUGCAAAGGUGGGAAAAGGGCUUUUUAAAAAUGGGAAAGGCAAGGAACUUGUCCGUCAACAUUGGCUGGAAGCGAUAGACCCCCAGCAUCGAUAUGGACACAAUCUUCGCUUUUACUUCGAAGAAUGGCGCCACAGCAAAACCAAAGAGCCCUUUUUUUAUUGGCUGGAUUCGGGUGAAGGAAAAGAUCUGGACUUGGAGAUGUGUACCAAAGCAACUCUACAAAAUGAGCGCAUCAGAUAUCUAAGUCCUAAAGAAAGAGAGCAUUAUGAGGUAGUGGUUGAAGAGGGAAAGCUUGUAUAUAAGGAGACCAGAGAGCCCGUCAAUACCACCAAAGGGGAGAAAUGGAUCUUUGUCAUGAGCACCAGCGGCGUGCUUUAUAUUGGGAAGAAGGAAAAGGGCGCAUUGCAGCACUCAAGUUUUCUGGCUGGAGCUGCAAUAACGGCUGCAGGAAGGCUGCGAGUCAAACAUGGCAUCAUUAAGCUAGUAGAAGCACAUAGUGGACACUAUCGUCCUACUGAAGACAAUUUCAAGCAGCUUAUCACUAUCCUCUCAAGCAUUGGUGCUGAUCUAACCAGAGCCAAGAUACAGUUUUCCUCGGAGGAAAUGAUGAAGAAAUCAGACUCAUCAAAAUCCGUCGAGGUGGAGGAGAAGACAAUCCAGAUAGAUACGGACACCAUCGCUACAAAUUCACCGUCCCCGAAGUUCAAGGGAACUAAGGAUGCAAUUAAUGUACACUCAGAGGAGGAACAUGCCCAAGAGGAAGCGAUUUUGAGAGACCUUAGACGUCUGAGACUCAAUGGAACGCAUGAUAUCUAUAAACAAGAACCUUGCAUCGAUCAAGGUGAAUCUGGAAAUGAUGCAAUGUCUAGUUUAUCGAAGAGUGGUUUAUCGUUGGAACAGAAUGGAUUGGGACGUAUGAGAGGUACUUUCCCUGAACAUGGACAGCAAAGCACAUCCAGCGAGGCGGAAAGUCGAGAGCCUGCUGCACAAAGCGAAAAUUCGGUGGGUGUCGAAAAGUUCCAAUUGGAAAGGGCAUGUAGUGGUUCGGGGGAAUAUGAUCCAGACCAUGUACAAUGUCGCCGGGUGCAAGUAGUCCAAUAUGCGGCGAAGGAGCCUUCAGUGCAAGAUGAGGAGAUUGAUCGACGAGAACAUUGAAGACAUGAAUCAUGAUGAAAUACCUCCAGACCAUUCAUAAGUGGCUCACAUCCUCUUCAGCAGUAACCAUGGAGUUAACGCCUGAGGUUAUACGCGCCAAAAAAAUCUUUUUUUUCCCCGGCUGUCGGGAUAUGCUGAAUUGUCCCUGCAUCCGUAGACGAAAAAAAAGGUAAAAGCUUCAACAGGAAGAUGAGAGACUUGGAUUGGCAGUUGCUAGACUGGAAAUCAAUUCAGGUACACCUAGAACGUAUCAACUGCAAACUGCGCAGACUUUGUCUGUGUUUCGUCUGAACAAGAAUUUACAGCGGAGAUAGACGAAAGACGGUUUCAGCUCCUCAUCCAACACCCUUUCAAUUUACAUCCUAGCCUCACAUGAACGAGCCAGUGACUCAACUUCGAACCGAAGCUGGCCAUUUUUGUUCGCUCUGUACAUUGUCCUUGAGAGUCCUGAACAACUAGUUUUGUUGUGUAUCAUAGAUUACAGGCCGGCCAGUUGUACCAUCACGAUGAGAUGUAGUCAGAUCCAGGGAAUCAAGUUUCAGUUAGUUUACACUUGUAGGUCUGUAGGUAAUUUACAUGGUAGUCUCAGAUUUAAGAGUUCCCUCCGAAAGAUUUUUGAUCCAGAGCAUUUUAUUUGUCUUGUAUAAAAUGGUGUUAAAUUUUCAUUGAGUGUCAGUUUGUAUUGAGUGUUUCUCUGGAGGCUAUCCACCAAACCCCUGUACUUCUGACGGUCCGAACUUCAAG